GAGGACAGUGUGCUGGUGCGGUCAGAGCGGGAGGGUGUGUGGCAACGUGCUGAGGAGUAUAUUUCCUCACAGCAGCAUGAGCCCCGCGCCGCGCCCGCCGUCCCGCCGCUGCAGUCUGGCUUGACGGUGGCCUCGGCGGCGCCUCUCCGCGGGCAGGAACACUCCCCUCAGAGGAUGUGAACACCGUGCUCCGCCUCGGCUGAGGAAGUGACGACUCUGCGUGGCGGGCGUGUCUGUGUGGUGUGUGUGUAUAGACCAGGGGCGUUACGUCGCCAUGGGCGGCGGCCUGACGUAGCCCGGCAAAACAGAUUCCAGAGGGAGCGCUGCGCCCCGCCGGCAUGAGGACUUGAGGACAGGCAUGGCGGCGUGACGCAGCGAGUACGCGACGCACAGACAGACGGACGACAGCGGGAGGACGCGGUGGACAUGACGUGAAGUGGUGGGCGCGAGGAAACAGCAGCAGCUGACGAGGCCGUGAACGCACCCACGCCUUCCACACACACCCCGCCGCCAUGCCUCGCAGCGAGAUAUUCUUCCCGGCGGACACCGUGAAGGACUACCCGCCGGACUACAGCCUGGACGAGGCGGCUCUGCACCCCCUCGUGCACCGCGUCAUGGAGGAGGACGACGAGCUGUCCGGCGACUCCUCCCCAGUCAACUCGCCACGCUUCUCCCGCCGCGGCACCAGGCGGGAACUGAAAAAAUUCCGCGAGAGCACCUCACGCAGGAGUGGCUCGCGGGGCUCCGGCUCUCGGGGCUCCAGCUCCAGGGGCCCCGGAUCCUGGUCCCCCGACGUGGACGCGCCCAGCCUCCAUCAGGUCCACCUGUGAGUCACGCGCACACACACACACACACACACACACACACACACACACACACACACACACACACACAAUAUCCAAGUCUCACAUACUCACUUCAACGCGCACACACAUAAAGCACGCAUCUGACAUACACACACACACACGCACAAACACAACACGUCUGCCAUACAAGAUGGAACCCAAAAGUGUUCUGGGACGCAAUUCACCCACACACACACACACACACACACACACACGCGCCCACCCGCUGACAAUACAUGCCUACUCCCGCACAACACAUGACCACUUCUCCACAACACAAGCCCACCCCCACCCACCUCACCACGACCCCGCGCCACCUCACGGGGCCUGCACGCAUGCAACUAACACACAUGAAAGUCGGCAUAAAGAAACCAAACCUGUGUUUCCUCUGUCUUCAUGUUCUCUCCUUUGUACCAUUCCUCUCUCCCCUCUCACUGGAACCACAAACUUCUCACCUUUUUCUUCGUAAAACAUCCCAACUCCUUUUUUUUUUUCUCCCUUUUUCUUUCUUACCAUCUCCUUUCCUCCACAAUGCACCCAUCCAAUCUCCUUUCCUCCUCCCUUUGUGUCUUUUCCUCCGUCGCUUGUAC